UCGUUUUUCGCGGCGCAAGAUGGCGGACUUGUCCCUGGACGAGCUCAUCCGGAAGCGCGGGGUGACGGUGAAGGGCCGACUGAAUGCCAGGCCCGGCAUUGGAGGCAUCCGCUCUCGCAUCGGGCUACCACAGACCCUUCUGAGUCGGCCGGCACCAGCUCCAGGUUUCCAACAGAUGUUCGAUGCUCGACAAAAGAUCGGCCUCACGGACGCGAGGCAGAAACUGGGGGUCAAAGAUGCUCGAGAGAAACUUGUGCAGAAAGAUGCUCGCUUCCGGAUCAAGGGGAAAGUACAGGAUGCCCGGGAGAUGCUGAACUCCCGGAAGCAGAUUGUGGCACCAGAGAAGGGGACCAAAGUGGCAGAUGCCCGGGAGAAGAUCAGCUUGAAACGAGGUUCACCAGCAUCUCUGCUGAGGCCAGCCACUGACUCGCUGCCUCCUGCCAUGAAGAUUACCAAAACGAUCCAGGUCCCACAGCAGAAAGCUCCCCUCCCGGCUCUUCCUCAUCCCGCCGGAAUGAGAAUCAACGUAGUCAACAACCAUCAACAGAAACAGAGCCUGUAUGACAUGGAUGAAGAUGAUGAAGCUGCCACCGCCCCCAUUGCUGGCAAACAGAUGAAGAUCACCACCACCAACAGCUUCCUGCAACAGAUGGCGGGGCUCAGCAGCUCCAAAUUCUCCUUAUCCAAGACUCUUCCUCUCACCAAAGUUGUCCAGAAUGACACGUACACAGCCCUUCCAGCCCCGCCUUCCCCUCUACGGACGAAAGCCUUGACCAACAUGUCCCGGACUCUGGUGACCAAGGAAGAGCCCCCCAAAGAGAUGCCCCCUGCCGAGCCCAUCUUUAGCCCAUUGGAAGGUACCAAGAUGACUGUGAAUAACCUACACCCUCGAGUCACUGAGGAAGACAUUGUUGAACUUUUUUGUGUGUGUGGAGCCCUGAAGCGAGCCCGCCUGGUCCAUCCUGGGGUGGCCGAGGUUGUGUUUGUGAAGAAAGAAGAUGCCAUCACUGCCUAUAAGAAGUACAACAAUAGAUGUUUGGACGGGCAGCCCAUGAAAUGCAACCUUCACAUGAAUGGUAGCAUAAUCACGUCGGACCAGCCCAUCUUACUGCGACUCAGCGAUAGCCCAUCAGUGAAGAAGGAGGGUGAGCCCAGGAGGUUGAGCUCCGGUACCUCGUCUCACCCGCCUGCAGAAGUGGACCCUGACACCAUCCUGAAGGCCCUCUUCAAAUCCUCGGGGGCUUCGGUCUCGGUGCAGCCCACGGAAUUUAAGAUUAAACUUUGAGAAGGGAAUCUUGGCCGCCGGAAGGCGGGCAAGGAAGAAGGCCAUGGCUGCCCACCCACCUGCCCACCUGCACUCUCUCAAAAGACAGGCUCGAGGCGGCCUCAGUCCAUGGCCCGCAGGCCUGCUGGCAUGGGCAGAGUCCACAGGAGCCCGUGCGUUUCUCAUGGGACCUUGCUGGCGCUGGCCAGCUGGGAGUGACUUUCUUUCUGCACUCAUGCCCUCCCUUGUACCAUAGUGUUUUCUUUAGGGUGUGUUCUCUCCUUUUUCCUCUUCUUCCCUCCCUCUUAGUUGGGGUUUUCGCUUUGUUUUGUCAAGUCUGUUCCCUUGUUCAAUCUCCAGGCCACAGAGUGCCCUGGGAUCUCCUGGGUGCCUGAGAGCCUCUUCCCUCUAGGGAAGAGCCAGGCUUGGGGAUGAGCUCCUCUGAGCCUGCGUCUCACCCCUUUCCGGCUCCUCUGGGGCUCCUGCUGCUAGUGGGAGCCAGGUCAUCACCAAGCUGAAACUGGUGGGUGGGAUGCCCGGGAAGGAAGGGGGCCCAACCCAUUCCCAUGGCCCCUGCACUCUGCUUGGCUGAUCCGGAGCUCAACUUCACUACUGAGAGGGCCUAGGCCACAAGGAGGGAGAAAGGGCCCGUUGCAGGUCUGCCUUAGGGGCCAAACAAGUCCCUUUCUGCCUCCCCCUCAAAGGAGCUUCAAGCUACAGCUGGCUCCUCAAGCCCGAGACAUGGGGCGUCCUGAGGGCCUGGGCCAUACCUGAAACGUGGAAUGUCCUGUGGGCCAGGCUGUCCUUGCCCGCAUCUAGCCAAAUGGCCUGUGGGAGUCCCUGUUUCUUGUCUCGAAAGUUGUCUGACAGAUUUGGAAGCAGAGAUGACACGGUCCAGUGGAGGCCUUCCCGGAAGAGGCCGGCCACCUCUAAGCCAGUCAGGCAUCUGCAGCAAGACCUCCCUGCAGCCAGCAGCGCAGGAAAAGGAGGUGGCCACAGACUCAUUUCUCUCCGUAGCUUUCAAAUGCCCUGGGGAACCCGAAGAGGGUCCCAGUGUGGGGAGGCCUCCCAGGAGUCAGCCUGGCCCAGCUCAGCCCCCUAGCUCUGUGUGUGGUGAAGGUGGCAGCAGCAGCAGCAGCAGCAGCAGCAGCAGC